AUGGCAGUCGCACUUGGGAAGCGCAAACGGCGUACAAUCACUGAACCAAAGCCAUCGUCACAUCAAAGCGAUUCUGAAGAUGAGCAAGAUGCACGAGCGUUAUUUCAACGUGCGUUCGAGGCAAAAUUCAGGCCUCUCGACAAGCCGUCAAAACCAGCGGCGGAAGAAGAAAUAGAAGAGCCUGAAGACGACAGCGAAGACGAAGAAGACUGGAGCGGACUAUCAGGCGAUGAAAACGAAGACCAAGAAGAAGUCGAAACCAUCGAGUAUGCCCAACCCAGCAUCGACGACAUCUUCUCCGGUGGCAAGAAGAAAUUCAUGUCCUCCAAACCGCCCACACUAGGAGAAGAGGACAAAGCACAGCAAAAGCACUCCUCGAAAGCGCCUCCCGACGAAGAAGAAGGCGCAGAAAGCACCAACCUCAAAAACGACCUCGCCCUCCAACGCCUCCUCAAAGAAUCCCACAUCCUCGACCCCUCCUCCUUCCGCACCUCCUCAGCACUAGAAGGGAAACACCGCCUCAAAGCCCUCGACUCCCGCUUCAAGGAUCUAGGCGCCAAGAGUUCAUUCCUCGAGCAAGAGAGAAUGCCGCUCUCGCACAGGAAGGGGAUUGCGGCGAAGAGUUCGGCCAGAGAAGCGAGUCGGAGGAAGGAGGCGGCGGAGAAUGGAGUCAUUUUGGAGAGGGUCAAGUUCAAGGCGUCGGGGGAGAAACGACGAGAGAGGAGUGUGGGUGGGCCGGGGAUUGGGAAGUUUAGAGGUGGGACGUUGAAGUUGAGUUCGAGGGAUGUUAGUAGUAUACAGAAUUCUGGGCCGAGGAGGGGUGGUGGGAGAAGUGGGAGGGGUGGGAAGAGGGGGAAGAGGUGA